AUGAUUUGCCGUGAUGUCUUUCUGAGUUCUGAGCUGUUGAUGUGGAGAGGAGCUGACCCGCCCCGAAAGCUUCUGGACUUUGCUCAGCAGCUCUCCGUUUUUGAGCCUGAGAAGAAGGCUGUUGCCAAAAAAGCCAAGGUUGAGAAGGCACACGCAUGUUCAGUGUUCAAGGUGAGCAGCUCACAACAGCCACGUUGCCAAAAGGCCGUGAAGCCAAAGAGUGCUGUAGAGGAGACAGCAGAGGUGGUGAAAGAAGUUCCGCAGUCCAUGCCCCAGAGGCCCCGGGCGGCCAGGGCUCCACGUGCGCGGCGUGGACCUGUGCCCCAGCCCUUCGCGGCGCCGGAGGUACCGCAACCAGCUCUUCCGCAGCCCGAGGAGCAAUACUCAGACUGGAUGAAGUACUACAGGGAAUGCGCUGAGCUUGUACUUCGAGCAAUGCGAGAGGAAUUGUGCAGAACAGGCUGGCGUGGAGCUGCCAAGGAGAGCUGGCAUUGGACAGGCACCAAGCGCACCAGCAGCUCCAGCAAGGGCACAGGCGCCAUCCUCGCCUUUCCAUGCCGGAAAGGCCAUGUUCGCCAGUUGCGAAGCAGCGAUCAAUUGGAACUGUCCGAACUGUCCAUUUUGAUCUGCUCCAGACAACUGUGCUCUCGCAUUGGCUAUCCUGUCCCUUGCAUUGCUCUGCUUCCUGUCUUCCUUGGCUUGUCGCUGGCAUUUCCAUUGGAUUUCUGCUUGGACUUGGACUUUUCCUCUCCCUUGCUUUCCAUUGGACUUCUGCAAGACGUCCUUCAGUUGAUAUCUAGCUUGGAACGUCUUACCUUGGCAGUGAGAGGAUCAGGGCUUGGUGUGGUUGGAGGACUGGAAGAUUGGGAGUUGGUCGAAGCUGACUACCAAGGGCCUGGGUACGGUGCAGUCAGGAACUUUGAGGUUGAGAGUGGGCCUCCUGAUACACCUGCUUCCUUACUUGAGUUGGGAAAGAAAUUGAUCUCUUCAAAGACGGACGGCCAGUUCCGCAUCCGCAGGGCGUUCACAGCAGGGUUUUGGGCCAAGAUCUCUUUGCUUUGUGAAGUUGCUCUCUCUGGGCCAGAACCUAUUCCUUUGAGGGACACUCAAUUCCUUGUCCUGCGUGCUGUUGGGCUUGAUCAGCCAGUGCGUGUCCUGAAGAUCGAGGAGAGAGAUCAGUUUGUUGGUGGUGAUCCAAGAGCUUUGCACUACGGUUUCCCCUCCCUUGCGGAGGUGCAAGCGUUCUGUUGCGGAGCGGGCAUCAGCGUUCCAGCUCUUUACAAAUGCAGAAGCAGCGGAUCAGGCCUUUUUGCAGCUGAUGAGGGGCAUCAAACAGGUGAGUCGUUGAUUGGGCCCGGUGACACCUUCAACGCUUCGCUCUACGAGGAUACCGAUGAAGGCUUGGUGGCCAUUGGUCUUGAGGGCGUGGUGCAGGUUUUUGAUGCAGCUGACGCUCUUCUUCAACAGAUCAGAGAAUAUGACCCUGUGACUGACUCCACUGAGCCUAUCAGACCUUUCCAUGUGACUUCUCCCCAUACCUUUCCUCAUGGUGAUGUUUUCCUGUCACGAGUGCAAGAAUGGAUGAGAACUUUGGCCUUUGGAGGUAGCCUUUUUUGCUCAGCUCAAGAAGACCUGAGUCCUCCAAAGGUGCCUGGUGCUCCGGUUGCGGACACAAAAAAGGCUGCUGCUCCAAAGCGUGUUACGCAAGCUGCCGUCAUGGAAAAGAUCGAUGUCCUUGUCAACCAGAUGCAAGUCCUCAUGGCUCGGCAGGAUCAGUUGGAAAGCCAGUCAAGGGGGUAUACUGCAAACGAUGUAUCAGGGCAGCAGGCUGUCUCCGCCCGAGCUUUGCCUGCGGUCUCUGCAGGUCUGGAGCCUGCAGCGGCUCUGCCUCUGGGCAUGAGUUAUGUUCAGAAGGCCGUCUCUUUGGCGGGACCUCCUCCUCGACACAAGGAGGCAAAAGCAUCUGCGAGAGGCCUUGUGGAACAGGAGCAAGGCCAAAGUCCUGUAGCAGGAGACAGAGGAGGGCAUGGUGGUUCCAGCUUGGAGGCUGCCUUGGUGGAACAAAGUACGGCUUUGACUUCACUGGUCGCUCACUUGGCCGCCCAUACUGCCGACGGCAUGUCAGACUUGAACUUGAGCAGCUCCUCUUCCCAGACAUCUGGCACACGUGGGGUCUUACGGAGGGAGAAGAUGCAAAGCGAUUUGGCAGCCCGCAGUGGGAAUUUCUACCUACAGCUGAUGCAGCAGAUGCAUCGACGUCUGCACCCAGGGAAGCCUGUCCCUCAGAACCUGAGCGAGUUGCAAAGCCUUUCUAUGCUGCAGUAUCUGGAGCGACAAGGUGGGUUCCGUCAUCAGAGAGAGACAGGCCUUGUACUUUGGUUGAUGGGGCAUGUUGUAGAUGCAAUCAAUGCGGAGGACUGGGCUGGGGUGAGAGAGUUGGUUGCCCUCACUGUUGUGUCCCUGGAGCAGUCAGCAAUAGACCAGGGGGACUGGUCCCUGGCCUUCCUCCUUUCCCUGGUGGCAGAGCCUCCUGUUCAGAUGUUCCAGGAUCGGAUGGUUUCCAUGUCUCCACAUGGCCGGCCGUUCGCGCCGUUGUGCCCUGCCUCUUGGGCGGCAACCACAUUGGCCUAUCUCAAAGACAUGGAGACUCUGACAUCGAAGAAAUCAGAAGUGGCGUCGAAGCCAAAAGCGAAUGCAAAUCAGACAGCAGCGCCUGGGGCUGGGGAGACGGCUUCUCCCAAGAGGAAGACGCGCUAUCCGAAGAAGGUGAAGGCAGCCGAAGAUGCCCCGAGCUACUUCUUCUUCAUCCAGGAGGAAUCGACUUGUCAGACAGGUCAUGACGUCCCGUUGGAUGAUACUGGCAUUGAUGGUUUGGAGCCUUACAGAAGCUUGGAUGUUGCAAGGCUGAAGGUGGUAGGGAGAGGUCACUUUGACGCAACUCCUUUUCUCGAUGAUGACCUUUCCAUGGCCUAUAGGUUUCCAGAUGUUCUGCAGUAUGACUUGUCUGGUGUUGACCUUAGUGCCUUUCACCUAAAGCGUGAUCCUGCUUGCGAAGUUGCCAAACUUGCCAGACUUUGGGAUGCAAAAGGGUUGCUUUUUCUUCACAAGACUGACCUUGAAAACGAGGCACCUCAUGAGCUUACGAGGAUCUUCAACUGCCUGAAAGACUCUGUGUGGGAUCGCCAGAUAGGUGAUCGGCGAGGCAGGAACUUCACUGAGGGGAGGCUGCAGUCUGCAUCGAAGACUCUUCCGAAUGGGCCUGAUUUUUUGGAGCUUUAUGUGCAACCGAAGCAACAGCGGCUGUCUAUUUCGGUGACUGACAGACGUGAUUUUUACCACCAGUUUUGGUCAUCAGAUGCUCGUGCGGUUUCAAACAGCAUAGGCCCUGCUUUGCCUUUUUCCUUGGUGAGGGAUUUGGAUGCAGCAAAGACUCUAGCGUUGGGGGAGAAACUCAAGAAGAAGCAGCCUCGCGUUUUUCGUGGCGACGGUCUUGGUACAUCACUACGGCAGCGGUUUUCUAGCUUGGAUGACCAAGUACUGGUUUCCUUCAAGUCAAUUUUGCAGGGUGAUCAUCUUGGAGUGGAGCUGGCAACGCAGUCUCAUGCAAACUUGCUACGUGAUUUUGGCUUGCUCUCACCUGGCGUUAGGAUGGUCUCUGAUCGCCCUUUGCCUUCUCUUAUGGAUGUUCAUGGUCUCUGCAUUGAUGACUUCUUCGCUAUCAGCGUGGAGGACCGGAAAUCAGACCCGCUUGGGGAUAGGUCACUACGUGCGCUGGAGACUGCUAGGCAUGCCUAUGAUGUUUACAAACUUGAGGGCUCCCCACAGAAAGAUGUCUAUGGAGUCGAUGAGGGCAAAGUUGUUGGAGCCUACUUGAACUCUUCAAAAAAGGCUGCUCAGUUGGGUGUUUGCACUGUUGGGGCGCCGCCCGAGAAAAGAUAUGGCCUUUCGGUGAUGUCACUUCAUGUUGCACAGCUUAGCCAUACCUCAGAUAGCCUGCACUUGUGUCUUCUUGGUGGGUGGACUUCAGCUUUGGUUUAUAGACGAGCCCUCAUGGGGAUACUGCAAGAUAGUUUCAAGCUGGUGAAGGCAGACUCCAUCGACGUCAACAAACCUGUCUUGGUGCCACUACCUAGGAAGGUUGCUGAGGAACUUACUCUACUUGCAGUCCUCUCUCCACUUGCCUGCUCAGAACUGAAUGCAGAGUACAUGCCUGAGAUUUUCUGCAGUGAUGCCUCCAUGGAGAAAGGCGCUUUUUGCAGUGCGGCAGUUGAACCUCGCGUUGCUCAGAUGCUUUGGAGAUGUUCCCGUACGAAGGGGGCAUAUACUAGGCUGCAGACCCCUGCAGAACUGGUUUUGCAGCGUUUGGGCAUUCAUGAGGAAGUCUCAGAGGAGGCGGACAGGCAUCUGGUAUCGCCACAAAGGCCUUUAGCUCUGCAGUUUGACUUCGUGGAAGUUUUUGCGGGGUCUGGCCGAGUUACAGCAGCUGUCGCAGCAAGAGGCCUUAAAGUUUGCUGCCCUAUUGACUUGUCUCGCUCCGAUGAGUUCAAUGUAGCAUGGACGCAUGUUGCCUCCUGGCUCCUCUUCAUGGUUUCUGAGAAAAGGGUGAAGAGUUUUAUGGUGGAGCCCCCUUGCACAACCUUUUCCAUCAUGAGAAGACCAGCCUUGCGUGAUGUGGAUUCUCCUUUUGGCUUUCAAGUUGAUGACCCUCAGACAGCUGACGGAAAUACUCUUGCGCACCGCAGUUUUCAGAUGAUGUGGGCUGGGCUGGUGGAAGAAGUCACUGGCAUUUUAGAGACACCCUACACGUCCAAGAUGAAGAAUGUGCCUAGCUGGAAGAGCAUUGAGAGACAUCCCAGUGCUAGUUCUUGCAGGUUGCGCAGACUGCAAAGUGGGAAGUUGUCCAAUCCUGGCCCCAUAGGUCCUGUCGCCUUGGACUUUCCUGACAGAUCAACCUACAGGGUCUCUGCAUAUUCCAUUUCCACCUCUCAGGGUAGUGUCUCUUCCGAGCCUGGUUUUGCUCGACCGGGGUUGGACUUUGGCAUGGAUUUUGAUGCCACCUUGGGCUACCCUGGGGAGGGUCCUGUGGACUUUGCUUUGCACUUCUCCAUUCCCUUCCUCCUCUUUCUCCUGCCUGCCUCACAAAGCCUUUGCGAGUACGGUAGAUGCUUGUACUUUGGGGGCAGACCCUACAACCACUACGCAGAGACUGUCAAUGCCGUCUCUGCUUACAGACCUGCCAUAAGACGCUCCUUGCAAGGCGCUUGGGACCUUGCUUUCGCUUGGGUGCGUGAUGAGAAGCCUACUCAUCACUUGGCCAUGCCCUGGUUUCGGCAAGUUCUCCAUCUGUUCUACCUGGAACUUCGAAAGUUUGUGAUCCUGGAUCCCUGCGUGCGGGAGGUGCCACCUGGCUGCUCCAUAGCUGCGAAGAUGCAGAACUGGUGCGUCGCCGUGGCCGGCGUGGCAGCUCAAGCUCCACUACUACAGGCCCUGCAGGCCUUGCAACUGCUGCAGCAGCAGCAGCAGCUUCAACAACUGCAGAUCCAAUCAGUGCAACAACUGAUUUCAGGCAGCUUGCUGGGUGGUGGCUUGCUGGGGCCAUUGGCUGGUGCUGGCAGCUUCCCAAAUCUCCAAAGCCCUGCGCUAAGUGGACUGAAUAGCGAGACGUUGAUGAAUCUCCUGAUGGCCUGGUACUACUCUGGGUACUACACAGGUCCGUGGCUCUGUUUCGUUGGGACGUCACUGAAGAGACCGGAGGGUUUGCGAGAAGGGUGCCCUGGACAUGUUGUGUUUAAUGCGGGCGCAUCCACCUUAGAAAGCCAACCUGAGUCUGCUGAUGCUAGCUUGACUCCAAGUGUCACACACUUCGGCAUCAAUACGUUGGCUCUGGAAAUUGCCGGCAAACGAAUCUUGAUCGAUCCCCUCCUGGUUGGCAAUUUGGUCUUCUUUGGCCAAAGCUGGGCAUUCCGUGGGAAGCGCCGCGAGACCGCCCAGUCCAUUCGACCGGAGGAGGUCUUGGACAGCUUUGAUGCGAUUGUGAUAACUCAGAGUCUUGAUGAUCAUUGCCACCGUCCAACCCUGGAGAGGAUAGAUCGAAGGAUGCCCAUCAUCUCAAACCCCAGUGCUGCCAAAGCAAUUGAGCAAUUGGGAUUUAGCCCCUCUGUGCUGCAGCCGGGAGAGUCGCUAAUGCUAGGGAAGCUUCGCAUCUCCGCCUUGCCUGGAAGUGUCGUUGGCCCUCCGUGGCAAGAUCCAGAGAAUGGAUACGUUUUCACAGACACUCGACCCGGUGGCUUGUCAAUAGGUACCGAGCCUCAUGGAAACUUGCUUGGACCUGCGCUUGGAACGUCGUUCAAGCGGCUGCCCAGUUCUUCGACUGUGCCACCACUGGAUGCGGUCAUUUUACCCUUGACUUCGCAGCAGAUCUCGGGGUACAGGUUGGUGAAUGGAGUGCAGGAAGCAGCCGACACAUUAGAAGCCCUUGAUCCCGUGCCCCGGUUUUUGCUUCCACUCCGGAAUGCAGAGCUGGAUGCCUCAGGCUUCUUGGCUGAGCAGCUCCAGGAAGACGGCUCUGUAGAGAGUUUCGCCACGUUGCAGCGCAGCAGACCAAAACUGCGCCAUGUGCAACUGCUGGACUUGCAGCCUGGGCAGCUGGUGCAAUUAGAGCUGAGCCCCGCCCAGCAUAGCCCAGCCUGA